AUGAUAAUGCGCCUUUCCAAAGCCCUAAUAGACAUGGAGAUGGCAGAUUAUAGCGCAGCGCUAGACCCGGCGUAUACCACUCUGGAGUUCGAGAACAUGCAGGUGCUGGCUAUGGGCAACGACACAUCUCCAUCAGAAGCAGCCAAUCUCAACACUUCCAACAGCAUCGGGGCGAGCACGCUGUGUGCCAUCUGCGGGGACCGUGCCACGGGGAAGCAUUAUGGGGCUUCUAGCUGUGAUGGCUGCAAAGGCUUCUUCAGGAGGAGUGUCCGGAAGAACCACAUGUACUCCUGCAGGUUUAACAGGCAGUGUGUGGUAGACAAAGACAAAAGAAACCAGUCUCAGCCAAAACACUCUCUUGCAGCUGUACAAAAUGAACGGGACCGAAUCAGCACCCGGAGAUCAAGUUAUGAAGACAGCAGCUUGCCCUCCAUCAAUAUCUUACUGCAGGCAGAAGUCCUGGCACAACAGAUAUCAUCCCCAGUUUCUGUGAUCAACGGAGACAUCAGAGGGAAGAAGAUUGCCAACAUCUCCGACGUGUGCGAGUCCAUGAAGCAGCAGCUGCUGGUGCUUGUGGAGUGGGCCAAAUACAUCCCCGCCUUUUGCGAGCUGCCCCUGGAUGACCAGGUAGCGCUGCUGCGAGCACAUGCAGGGGAACAUCUGUUACUGGGAGCUGCCAAGAGGUCCAUGGUGUUCAAGGAUGUCUUGCUGCUAGGAAAUGACCACAUCAUCCCACGGAACUGCCCUGAACUGGUGGAGGUGCACCGUGUGGCCAUCCGCAUCCUGGACGAGUUGGUCCUCCCCUUCCAGGAGCUGCAGAUAGACGAUAAUGAAUAUGCCUGCUUGAAAGCCAUCAUCUUCUUUGACCCAGAUGCCAAAGGACUGAGCGACCCCUCCAAGAUCAAGCGGAUGCGGUACCAGGUGCAGGUCAGCCUGGAGGACUACAUCAACGACCGGCAGUACGACUCACGGGGCCGCUUCGGGGAGCUGCUGCUGCUCCUGCCUGUGCUGCAGAGCAUCACCUGGCAGAUGAUAGAGCAGAUCCAGUUUGUCAAGCUCUUCGGCAUGGCUAAGAUCGACAACCUACUGCAGGAGAUGCUGUUGGGAGGCUCGUCAAGUGAAACGCCACACGCUCACCACUCCCUGCACCCUCACCUGAUCCAGGAGAACCUGGGAACAAACGUCAUUGUGGCCAACACAAUGCCUCCUCAGAUGCACAAUGGGCAGAUGUCUACUCCAGAAACUCCACAGCCAUCUCCACCCGCAGGCUCAGGACCAGAGCAAUACAAGCUGCUGCCCGGAGCCAUUGCAACCGUGGCAAAACAGCCCACCUCCAUCCCGCAACCCGCCAUCACAAAACAGGAGGUCAUCUAG